CCCUCGGGAGCAGCGGAACCAAACCAGUCGAGGUCGAUUUCAAUCUGCUUUGUUUACGAUGUCAACUGAUUAUACUCAGAGCGUUAAAGCUAAAGAAGUGUGACCAUAUGUUGCUCCUGUAAUCUUGACUUAUCAUUUCAUCCUUUCCCAUGAUGGUCUGAUGCCACUUGGGAGCUUUUUACAUGAAUUUGCGCCAUGAAGACAGCAUAAGAUAAAUGCACCCGACUGCAGGCUUUCAGGUUGCAUUCAGUCAGUGUAAUUCUGUUAACAGGAAUACAGCUGCUGCCUGGCUGAUUGAUUAUCUGCCCCAGCAAAACAUAUUAAGGUCUCCAUUCACAUGCCUGUUGACUUAUUCACUGAAACAAGCCUGUUCUCUUGUGUUGCUGUGGAAUUACUAGUUCACAGCUGGUUUUAACAGCUGUAAGGACAAAAACAUGAACUUGACAUUGCUGGAGUGAGAAAAAUAAAAAUCCUCAUGCGUUGAUAUGGACAUAACGUGAAAGGAUAUUCGGUCGACACAAUACCUGCCACACGUCGGUGAAGCCUGUCCCGUGUCCACGGUUUGACGGGCCAGAGGGUGAUAGUGUGGCAGAUUUGCUCUGGCGUGUUCACGUCCAGUGUGGUGUCUCCUUCCUGUCCAUGCAAACACACACACACACACACACACACCCGUCAGAGUCUCCUGUAACAGGACCGCAGAGGUGGGGUGGAGGGUUGUGACAGAAAUAAACACGUGAUGACGCCCCUGCCACUGUUCAGUCCUACAGACUGCGAUUCACACACACACUCACACACAUAUAUCUUCACAUACAUACGCUCUACAUACUGCAUUUUCUACCUUCGCUCUUCGCUGCCAUCAGGGGGGGGACAUGGCGGCACUGCUGUGUGGGACCAAGAGGAAGAAACAAGUGAGCGAUCUCCAUGAGGAGGGGAAAAAUGCCAUCAACGCUCCCAUGCUUCCCACGGGGACAGACAUCCAUCCAGAGGACACACUGAUGGAGGAGAACGCUGAGAGGAUCAUGCUGGAUCCAACAUCGCGGGAAAAUCCUAAAUUCAAAGAUCUUCUCAAGGUCCUGAUUGACUGGAUCAACAGCGAAUUAGAGGAAGACAGGAUCAUAGUGAAAGACUUGGAGGAGGACUGUUAUGAUGGACAAGUGCUCCAGAAGUUAUUUGAAAAGUUGUCGGGUAGGAAGCUGAACGUGGCCGAAGUGACCCAGUCAGAAAUCGGCCAAAAGCAGAAGCUUCAGAUGGUUUUGGAGGCCGUCAACGAGGUGCUGAGGCCUCACGGCUGGACCAUUGAAUGGAGUGUGGACUCCAUCCAUUCAAAGAACCUGGUGGCUAUUGUCUACCUGCUGGUGGCUCUCGCUAUGCACUUCCAGGCCCCCAUCAGACUGCCUGAACAUGUUUCUGUACAAGUGGUGGUAGUCAAGAAACGAGAGGGCAUCCUGCAGACUGCUCUUGUGACCAAAGAGCUGACGAGCACCACAGAAAUGAUGAUGGGAAGGUUUGAGAGGGACGCGUUUGACACUUUGCUGGAUCACGCACCUGACAAGCUCAACGUAGUAAAAACGUCGCUCAUCACCUUUGUGAACAAACACCUGAACAAACUGAACCUGGAAGUGACUGAACUGGAAUCGCAGUUUGCUGAUGGAGUGUACCUGGUCUUACUGAUGGGCCUGCUGGAAGACUACUUUGUCCCUCUGUACAACUUCUUCCUCACCCCUGAGAGCUUUGAACAGAAGGUUCACAAUGUGUCCUUUGCCUUUGAGCUGAUGCAGGAUGGAGGUCUGAAGAAACCCAAAGCCAGACCAGAAGAUGUUGUCAACCUGAACCUCAAGUCCACCCUCAGAGUUCUCUACAACUUGUUCACCAACUACAAAAACUCAGAGUGAACUUUUGCAGUUUCACCCCCUGAUAUUACUUUGAACACUGUCCUAUGUCUGCGCUGACAUUAUGCAUUACAGUCUGGACACUGGAGGAGACCAACUGGGACUGAAAGUUAUCAUUAUAUAGGAAUUAAAAAGACCCAUGGGGAGUAGCCUGAAAAAGGCUAUGAAUGUUAGUAUUUAAUCUUCUGCAAAUGUCAGUAUUUAUUUAUUCCUUCCUCGAAUGUUAACUGCAACCCAAGGAACCCUGCAACCUUUAGCCUGCAUUUGAAUACACAGACUAGCUGUCAAGGGAAAACUGUAUGAGAGCAUAAUAAUAACUAGACAACAUUUGUGUGUUAAAUUCAACUCUCCAUCACAGAAUAUUUAAGAAAGUUGAAAAUGCUUUGUGUACGUAACAGAUCAUCAUUUUGGGCGAUACAUUGUUUACUUUCUUGAAAAGAGUUUUUAAGAUUGAUAACCACUCUCAUGUUUGCUAAAUAUCAAGCUAACACUAGAGCCAGAAGCCAGUUAGCUCAGCUAGCUUAGCGUAAAGGUUGGAAACGGGUGGAAACUGCUAGUCUGAUCUCGUUCAAAGUUAACUAAAUCUGCUCAGACCUCUCACUCUCUCUCCUAAGCUCACUUAACACCUCACAUUAUAUCUCAGCCAUGGAACUUACAUAAUACUCAAAAGAGUAGUGACAGCAAUGUGCACAUUUUGUCUUUUGAUAUAGUCCUCAUCAACUGAAGGGGAAAAUCCAUCAGCAAAGUGUGUUCAGGAAGUUUUCUUGUUCAUUUUAACCGCAUUCUUUUUAAAUUUAAAACUUUAUUUUGAUGAUAUACUGUCCAUAGCCAAAAGCUGUAGUGGCAGAUAAUGCCACUCUGCUAAGCUAGUAUUGUUAGCGAGUUUUGCUUUUAAGCUUCAUCACAACUGGAUUUAGCUGCUUCAUUAAGUUAUGUGGUAAACAAACUAUACCACAGAGUUACAAAAACAUAUUUAUAGGUAGCAGCUAGACAAAACAAAAACAAAAACAAAAAAACAGCAAGUCAAUUUAGUUAGCUUUAGUUAAGUCUAGCUGCAG